AUACAAGUUCAACACAUCAACAACAACAGUUGUAUCAAAGUGUGUUGUAGCAUCAUAACUCUGUUUAGGACAGGAAUAAAAGAUUAUUAGAAACCACCAACAAAUUUAAGAUGCUCACAUAUAAAAGGUUCAAGUAAAACUAACUGUCAACCAGGUACUUAGAAAAUGUUGGUUCUAAUAUUUAGUUAAAAUACCAGUAAGGUAUAUUUCGGGUUCACGUAUUCGGGACCCGAAAUGGAUCCGAAAAAUUACCUGAGAAUCCGAAAAAUAUUCAAAUACCCAAAAAUACAGAAAACUUUACCGAAAAUCCAGAAAAUACCCAAACCCGAACCCAAAACUAAAAAAAUCUGUAAUACUAAAAAUAUACGGAAACACUCAAAUAUACAUAAUAUAUACUAAAAGUUUCGAGUAUUUCGGGUACCUGAUCGGGUCUCGCGUAGGACCCGGACCCGGACCCAAUCAUGUAUUGUUUGGUCGUUCCGGUUCAGAUUUCCGGGUCCAUCUUCUUAGAUCUUAGAGUUGCUCCAUCUUGGUUGUAUCCACGUUGCGCGAGCGUCUCCAAGAGUGUGACGGUGAUAAAGUCUUAAAAGCAGAAGCAGGUGACAAAGUUCGAAAGUUUACUGAAUGGGCCUUCAAGUGCAUUGGUUUCCACUCUGAUAGCGCUAGAGAUAAAGCUAACCAAGACUCAGCUGCUGCUGCUGAGAUCCAACUCCAGCUCUCUGCUUUCAAGACGUUCUUGGAUCUUGCAGGAAACAAUCUAUCAGGAAAAGACUUCACAGAAGCCUUUGACGCAGCUUGCUUCCCUCUCACACUCUUCUCCACCUCGUUUAGCCCCGGAUGGGCUUCUGGAAUCUCAGCUAGUGUGGUACAUGGAUUGCUCGGUAUGCUGGUGGAAGGAGGCGCGGAUAACGUGAACCAAUGCUUUCUUGAAGCUUCUCGUUUUGGAAGCACGGAGCUUGUGAGAAUCUUGCUGCAGAUUGCUCAGAGGAAUAGCUUAGACGUGGAUGUAGACUUAGCACUAGGUUUCGCCUCUCAUUACAGUAAAAUCGAAACGAUGGACUGCCUUGUGGAAGAAGGCAACGCCGUUGCUUUCUUGAGUCCUUUGAUGAGAGCAGCGGAGAGAGGCUGUGUGCAAGUUGUGGAAUGGUUUGUGAAAAGAGGCUGCCGGGAAAUGGAGCUUUGCUUGGCUCUCACGGCAGCAACUUCGAGCAGCCGGGUGGAGAUCGCUGCUUAUCUCCUCCCUCAUGUGCCGAGAGCCGUCCUCGCUGCUCUCAGCGUAGAGAUCCUCAAAGCAGCUGGAGAAAGAAGUGGUGGUUCGUUUAAAGGAGUUGAGUUUCUCCUCAAAUCAGAUUUCCUUGAAGAUCCAGUGGCAACUUAUUCAGCUGCAGACACCAUUGCAAACUCAGAAGACGAGUCUGUUCCUUUAGAAUUGAGAUCGUUUCUCCAAGAGCAUUGGUCAGAGGCUGCAUUCAAGCAAGGAGUGAAGGAAAGCAGAGAUAACUUCUUGAACUUCAUGAGGGUUUUGAAGAUUGGGGAGUCUGCUAUAUGUUUAAAGGAUCUCCCAGCUCCUUUGAGGGUUGCUAUUGCUUACAUGCCGCUGUACAGAGGGUGUGUGAAGGCAGGUGGGAGGUUGCUUUCGCAGAAGCUGAGAGGACAGCUCGUGGAAGCAGUGAAGCAGCUUCAAGGCUUUGAUGUGGACACAGAAGAAGUGUACAAAGGCCAUCAUCAGGUCAUGGCAGUGUUGGAGCAUCACCUUCCUAUUUUUUUGGUCAAAGGUUCUUCACACUGAGCAACAAUGGGAUCCAGCAUCCUAGUUAUUGGGGUUAAAUUUAACCUUAGGAUAGUUGAAAAAAGAAUAAGAUCUGAUCACUACAAUUUUGGAUCCGGAUUCAGGUCUAUGAGAAUGUCUCUUUCUCAAUCUCCUAAGUCCUAACCCAUGGGAGAUGAUAACUUUAUAUUAAAAUUUCAACUACAA